AUGCGGCGGGACGAUUUUGAGCGCCGACGUCUUCGGGAUUUGUAUGACCGGAACGUGCGCCGGGUGCGAGCACUGGCGGAGGCGCGGGAUGCGCGAAGGACCGACAGGGACGACGAUGUGGCGGCUCCCCGGCGCUACGUCGUUAGCGAGCGCCGCACUCGCCUCGAGGGGUUUGGCCGCGGCGGCUUCCAAGUGCAGCGCUCCCGCCAGGGCAGGCCCGGCGCAGGAGGCGGUCGCUUCAGCGACAAAGGCGUCUACCGCCGCGGCGCCCUGGACCGCUUUGAGCGCGAUGACGACUUCGAGCGCAAGCUGCGCCGUGAACGCUUCCGCGAACGCCGCCUCAGUGAGGGCGGGCUGCGGUUCGGUCGCCAGCGCCUGCGCCUUCGCCGCAGCGAGCGACGGGAGCUUCGCCAGCUUCGUGAGCUCCGCGACCUCCGUGAGCUUCGCGCGCUUCGUAACUCACAGAGGGCCCAGGGCAACGGCGGUCGCCGCGAGCCCCCCCAGCGCGAGGCGCUAGAAAAGGAGCCGGAGCGCCACAGAAAGGAUCAGCGUGGCGGGCGCAGGCGUGGCGGAGGCGGAGGCGGCGGUCGUGGCGGUGCUGCCCAGCAGCCGCUCACAAAGGAGCGGCUCGACGCGGAACUCGACCGCUUCCGCGGCGGCACGUAG